GCCACGAAGUGGGGAGGCCGGCAACAGUUUCUUCCAGCACCCAGGAUGCAGGAGGCUAAGGAGGGGAUGAAGGCAUCGGACGGCAGCCUCCUGGGGGACCCUGGGCGGACCCCACUUAGCAAGAAGGAGGACGUCAAGUGGCAGAGGCCGCGGUUCACCCGCCAGGCCCUGAUGAGAUGCUGCCUGGUCAAGUGGAUCCUGUCCAGCGCAGCCCCUCAGGGCUCAGACAGCAGCGACAGUGAGCUGGAGCUGUCCACAGUGCGCCACCAGCCAGAGGGGCUGGACCAGCUGCAAGCACAGACCAAGUUCACCAAGAAGGAGCUGCAGUCCCUCUACAGGGGCUUCAAGAAUGAGUGUCCCACGGGCCUGGUGGAUGAAGACACCUUCAAACUCAUCUACUCCCAGUUCUUCCCCCAGGGAGAUGCCACCACCUAUGCACACUUCCUCUUCAAUGCCUUCGAUGCUGAUGGGAACGGGGCCAUCCGCUUUGAGGACUUCGUGGUCGGGCUCUCCAUCCUACUGCGAGGAACAGUCCAUGAGAAGCUCAAGUGGGCCUUUAAUCUCUAUGACAUUAACAAGGAUGGCUACAUCACCAAAGAGGAGAUGCUGGCCAUCAUGAAGUCCAUCUAUGACAUGAUGGGCCGCCACACCUACCCCAUCCUGCGGGAGGACGCACCCAUGGAGCACGUGGAGCGGUUCUUCCAGAAAAUGGACCGGAAUCAGGAUGGGGUAGUGACCAUUGAUGAAUUCCUGGAGACCUGCCAAAAGGAUGAGAACAUUAUGAGCUCCAUGCAGCUGUUUGAAAAUGUCAUCUAGGACAUGGGCAAGGGGCUGGUGGCUAUUGCCACCUCCACCCUCAACUAACCUCAAUCCUGCCAGGAGAAUCCUACAUGAGAAACUUUUAAAAAAUAUAUUUGCAAA